AUGCCAUUUGCAAGAGUCUAUAUCGUCCGUCAUGGAGAAACGCAGGAGAAUCGGGAUUCCAUCAUACAAGGGCAACUUGACACAGAAUUAAACAAGCUGGGCGAGCAGCAAGCAGCACAAGCAGCACGGGCAUUGAAAGAUGUCAAAUUUGAUGCAGCCUACAGCAGUGAUUUAAGGCGGGCCGUGAAGACAGCUGAAACGAUCGUCCGAGUCGGAGACCAGACUGUCGACAUUCGAAAGGAGGAUGCACUGAGGGAGAGGUUUAUGGGGACUCUGCAAGGCGUGCAAUGGGUCAACUCGCGGGAUCACAACAAAAAACUGAUGGCCGACCCAACAAUCGAAACCACAGAGUCGUUUGCUACUCGCACAGCUAGCUGGUGGAAACGCGCAAUCUUGCAACGGACGUUAGCCCUUUCGUCGCAUGGAAAAAAGGGGGAAACAUAUAACAUACUGGUAGUGAGCCACGGAGGAACCAUUUCCAUGCUGGUCAAGGGCCUUCUGGGUAGUGGCCGAGCGGUAUUGGCAGAGGGUGUGGAUUUGAGGUCGUUGAAAAACGUAUCAGUGACUAUCGUCGAGGUCGACUCGGAAAGGGAUCCAGCGGUAGUGGUGAAAUAUGGGGAUGUUAGUCAUUUAGAGGCCGAGCUAGAGGUUGGCUUAGUUCAUGGUAAUGUCGACGAGGUGAAAAACUAA